UAUCAUAAGGUGGGGUAUUUCAAACAGAUGACCAAGAGAGGGAAACCAUCAACCAAUAACAAGCCAACUCGCGGCCAUUCUUGAUAACUAAAUUCCAAGCUGUCGUAACUCUUUCAAAUUUCUCCAACAAAUUCCAACUAUUUCCACCAAACCCAUUUCAAAAAAAAUCUUUUUCUAUCAUACUGAAUGAUCUUUUUCUUGUUGAUCAAUAAGAAAUAUUCAAAAUUUUGAAGAAAUAGAGAUGGGUUUUGUGAGUACAUUGGUAGGAAUUCUGGGUUUUUUCAUUGCUCUACCAAUUGGACUUGUUGUGGGGUUUUUCUUAUUUGUCUAUUCUAAGCCUUAUGAUGUUAAGGAACCAGUUAUUACUCCACUUCAGGAAUUUGAUACAAAUUCUCUGUUAGAAAUUUUGCCGGAUAUUCCAAAUUGGGUAAAAAGUCCUGAUUAUGAGCGAGUAGACUGGAUGAACAAGUUUGUGUUGGAAAUGUGGCCGUAUCUUAAUACGGCAAUUUGCAAUACAAUCCGAAGCAUGGCAAAAACUAUAUUUGCAGAUUACAUAGGGAAAUAUCAGAUAAAAGAGAUUGAAUUUGAGAAUUUAAGUCUUGGAACCCUUCCACCUAUUUUCUAUGGUAUGAAGAUAUAUGAGACGAACGAAAAACAAUUAGUCAUGGAACCAGCUAUCAGAUGGGCAGGAAAUCCCAAUGUAGUGUUGUCUGUAAAGCUACUGUCAGUGAAAAUCUGGUUUCAGCUUGUGGAUGUACAAAUAUUCAUUAAUCCAAGGAUAUACUUGAAACCCCUUGUUCCAACAUUCCCAUGCUUUGCUAACAUAGUGGUUUCCUUAGUGGGAAAGCCACGUGUGGAUUUCGGGCUAAAAGUUUUGGGAGGAGAUAUCAUGUCCAUACCUGGUGUUUAUCGCUUUGUUCAGAAAACUAUCAAGAAACAGGUUGCAAGUCUAUACCAUUGGCCCCAAUCACUUGAAAUUCCCAUUCUUGAUACUUCAUCAGUUGCUGUACAGAAGCCUGUUGGUAUAUUAAACGUGAAAAUUGUUCGGGCAAUCAAGCUUUUGAAGAUGGACAUUUUAGGAACUUCCGAUCCUUAUGUUAAAUUAAAUCUAAGUGGAGAAAAAAGGCCAUCGAGAAAAACAUCGAUUAAGAUGAGGAACUUGAAUCCAGAGUGGAAUGAAGAUUUUAAGCUAAUUGUUAAGGAUCCUGAAACCCAAGUUCUUGAGCUGAAAGUGUAUGACUGGGACAAGAUUGGAAAACAUGAUAAGCUGGGGAUGCAACUAGUACCAUUGAAGCAGCUAACUCCCCAUGAAACGAAGCAAUUUACCCUUGACUUGCUUAAGAGUUUUGAUAAGAAUGAAACUUAUGACAAACCUCGGGGCCAGCUCGUGGUGGAGCUCACUUAUGAUCCUUUUAAAUUGGAGAGUGACAGCUUUAAGGGAUCAGAAGAACUGAUGCGAAAACAAAGCAGCAUAGAAAGAGAUUUAGAUGAUACUUCAGUUACCAGUGAAGGGGGAGUACUUUUAGUCACCAUUAUAUCAGCUGAGGAUGUGGAGGGGGAGGAUCAUACCAACCCUUAUGCUCAGAUCAUAUUCCGAGGCGAAAGGAAGAAAACAAAGACUAUCAAAAAGAAUCGGAAUCCACGAUGGGACGAACACUUCAGUUAUAUGAUUGAUGAACCACCUUUGCAAGAAAAGUUGCAUGUUGAAGUAUUCAGCAAACAUAGAACUUUCGGUUUUAUGCGAAAAGAAUCACUCGGGUUUGUCGACAUUAGUCUUGCCGAUGUUGUGCACAACGGACGAAUCAACGAGAAACACAAUCUAAUCAACUCAAAGCAUGGAACGAUUCAUCUUACGUUGGAGUGGCAAACUACAUAAAAUCAACAGAAGAUUACAAGGACAUCUUAUCGCGUUCAUACAUACUUUUCCUGUAUUGCCACUGAAUCAUGAUAAACCGAUCUCAAAACUAGGCAAAAUUAUCCAAUCUCAGGGUACGUUUUCCAAAACAUGUUCAUACUUUACCAAUAAAACUUCUUAGUUUCUAUAUGUAUAUCUCAAAUGUCGAAAUAAAUGUCCCCGAGAUUGGAUUCUUUUUGCCCGUUUCGAGACGAUGUAUGCUCUUCCGUGUAAUGUGUCUAAGAAUCGGGUAAUACAGAUUUUUCGUGUCCAGUCUAAGAGUCGUGCAUACAGAUUUUUCGUGUCCAUUGAAUGUACAGUUGAUUAUGUAAACAUACUGGGAGUUUUACAUAUAUUACACAUUGGAUGCACAAUCAUGAAAGACCAUAUGAUCAUUUACAAGAAUUUGGAGUGUUAAAUGUUCUAAUAAUGUUUAUGUAUACAGAAUAAAUGCAGAUUUUUAC